AUGAAGGAGACUGCGGGUGAGUUUGUUGAGCUUCAAAUUGUGAUUGAGGGAAGCCCGGCGAGGGGAGGGGUGUUGAGUAUUGGGCUUGGAUAUGUGCGUCGUAACCUUGCUGGUACUGGUGGAGGUAAUCAGUUGGUGGAGGUGGUGAUGAUGAGGAUUGCUGAUACUGCAGAUCUUGUGCUUGGGGCUGCGAUUGGUGCUGCUGCUGGUACUGUUCUUGACCUUGGUACUGCUGCUGACGGUGACCCUGGUACUGCUGUUCGUGGUCUUGGUACUGCUCUUGGCUCUGAUACUGGUGCUGCGGGCUUUGGUACUGCUGUUCGUGACCUUGGGGCUGAUGAUUAUCCUCAAUACCCUCUGGCACAGAGUAUUCUAACCGCGACUGCUCUUGCUCCACCACUUCAGGCAGCUGCUGUUCGCGAACCCGCAACUGUUCAUUGA